AUGGGCGCCGCGCGCCUCGGCGGAGACGCGGCCGAGCCGGGGCGGGACGCGCGUCGCGACGCCGGGGGCGGGCGUCGCCACGUGGUCUCCGGUCCGGGGGCGGCCGACGCUACGGACGACGAGGCCACGACGACAGACGCCGCCGCCGACACGACCACGACGACGACCACGACGGCGGAGGAGGACCCCGCGACGACCGCGACGACGCCGCCGCCGCCGGAGGCGGAGGCGGAGACGACUACGCCGAUGCCGCCCCCGACGACGACGACGACCGUCGAUCCCACGACCGCCGCCGAGGCCUCGCUCGGAGAAGAAAGCAACAGCAGCAGCAGCAGCAGCACGAUGACGCCGGCUGAAGGCGCCCUCCGCCGCCAGGACACGGAUGCGACCACCGUCGCGCCAGAGGACGUGACGCCGAGGAGGAACGCGAGCCUCUCGGCCGAGGAAGAGUUGGAGGAAGAGUUGGAGGAGGCGGUCGGAGGACGCAACGGCUCCUCCCCGCGACCGCCGCUCCCACCACACAUCGAGGCACUCAUCAACAUCACCCGCGGCGCGGGGGAAGACUACGGCGACUACGACUACGGCGCGCCGCCGUCGCUGCCGCCGUCGCUACCCAACGUCAAAAUUAUUCCUUUUGUGGCAGCAGAUGCGGUACUGGAAAACGGCGAAGGCAAAGCUACGGCAUACCCAAUGCAAGAUAGGCAUCUGCCUACUGAUAACCCAUUAUACAGUCGCUUCUCACCGCCCAUCAAGACCGAAGGUGGAUUCCAACCGCGAGAACCUAUUCUCGAUGGCCCAUUCUACGAGUCAAAAAUUGACGGGCCUUACGACACAGCUGGUCAAUUGCAACUCGACAUAACGUCUGGGACACCUAUUCCGCCUUCCAUCACGACUCUGCCCAAAAGUGAAGAGAAGGUGUGCUACUCGGAUGGGCGGGAACACGCCCACGGGGACCUGCUGUCCGAGCCGGGGGCGUGCCUGGUGUGCGUGUGCCACCGCGGGGAGGUGUUCUGCCAGCACACCGAGUGUCCCGCGCCGGGCCCGGGAUGCACCCGCGUCGAGGGCCAGCGCGCGUCCUGCUGCGGGCGGCUGGUCUGCGACGGAGGAGACGAGUUCCCCACGGUGGUGCUGUCUGGAGUGGUGCCUCCCGUGACGGUCGCCGACGGCGUGGUGACCACCAUCGACCCGUUCAGGGACGUCAUCCGCACCGAGCCCGCCCCGGACCUGCCGUCGCUCAUCGGCGACCUCAAGCCGUACCUGCUGGACCGCCGCCCCACGUCGACGCCGCCCACCACGUCGUCUACGUCUUCGUUGCCGUCGUCGUCGGUCAACGUGACGCGACCGCCGCAGCACGAGGAGUCGUCCCUGCUGGACAGCGUGUUCCAGUUCCUGUUCGCAGGAGUCGACACCAGCACCACCACCAGUAGCACCACCACCGCCCGGGCUACCUUGGUCAACGGCAGCUUCGCCGUCCGGACGGAGGCCUCUACCUCGGAGGUCGCCGUCAACGGAGGAGAGGUCGCGACCGGCCCCUUGUCGGCCGGGGAGAACGCUACCUCCGGGAACGCUAACGCUAACGCGAAAGCUAACGCGACCGAGCCGCCGCCGGGCCGGCCUCCCAACAUCAUCGUCGACGUCGACUCCUCUUCGGCGGCAGAGUCCCCGGGUCUCCUGAAGCUCGCCGGCUGCAACAUCUACGGCCGCAUGUACCGCGUGGGGCGCAUCAUCUCGGAACUGUCGUCGCCGUGCCUCGAGUGCAGGUGCACCGAGGUGGGCGUGCAGUGCAGGCAGCUCAAGUGUUGACGUCCUGGGACCGCUUCGUCCGCAGACCAUUCCUCAUGUUUCUAUCCCCUUCCUACCCCCCUUUCCACAUUUCCUAUGCAAACUGAUCUGUUUCUCUUCUCGCUUCUCCCUCGCCAUAUUGAUGCUGAACUCAAAACGAGUUGUUGUAACUGCCAAGUAUAGACUGCCAUCGUUUUAGACUUUUUCUCAAAUUUUACAUCUCUCAGAUGGUCUUUUUCCCUUUUUUGGCACCGUUGUUCCGAUAACGGUGUUUUCGUAAACAACGUCAUAUGUGACAGUUGGGAAAUUCGUACCACAGGUAUUUUUUUUUUUAAAACUGUGUUAAAAUUUAAGGCAAGUUCCACGAGAAAAAAAAUACAAUGAACUUAGGAAGCAUUCUAAAAUCGCAUACGCUGUUGAACCUGCAAAAAAAAAAAAAAAAACCUCCGCUCAUGUUACAUUGUUAUGUGGUGGCUACAGUGUUGACUUUGGUCAACUACUCUUAUUUCAUUUAGACAACACGGUCAGGUUUAACAAGUCAUAUAGUUGACAAACAUACAUAUUAAAUAUGUAGAUAUUUUACGUGAAUUUUUUUACUUUUUAGUUUGAAAAUAUUGGAUAUUGUGAAAUUACUGAUUCCAACUUUCAGAAACGGUGUCACCCAAAUAAUUUAUUUAUUGUCGUCGCAGCUUCCAAUGCAUGCUUUUUGAAAAUGUUUUCUUCACCUUUCAUAAACUGUAGCUAUUGUUGUGUGUCUUCCACAGGUUAUUGGUGACCGAAGUUGUUUUUAAGUGAAAUAUAAUAUACCAUGGCAGAAAAAAAAUUAAGCCAUAUAGAUAGUAGCUUCCAAUUGGUAAAAUUUUAAGUAAUGCUGACAUUAUUAUAAAUAAGGGUACGAAAAAAAAUGAGUUUUUUUUUAACCCAUAGUCGCUUAAAAACUUAUUUGGCUGCUCAGUUAAAGGACUGAUACAUAGCGUUGUGCUCAUUAAUUUAUACGGCAGUAACAGGAAGUUGUAAUCAUAAUCCAUGCAAACAGUUUGAUCUAGUAAUAAUUCAGGAAACCUUGAUAAUACACAUUUUAUAAUUUUAGUUUUAUUCACUUCUGAUUUUAUUUAGUAACAAAGGCAAAUAUUUUACCAUGUUUACGAUGUUUUAAAAGACAAUCGUAGCACUGUUGUUUUCCGCGGUUUAAAACGAUUAAAUUUCAUGUUAUUUUAAUCGCAAAAAAAAAAAAA